AUGUUCUUGAACACAGCUUCUCCCCGGAGGUCGUUCAGCAUCCCCAUUAACAUCAACCUGCAGGGUGCUCGCAGGCGGCAGACACGGGAAUUCAGCACAGCAGUGCAGGAGCAGGAGUGGAGCAGAGGGGGUGAUGGACGUGGAGGACAGCGAGCUCGGUCCCAGAUGCCGGUGUCGAGCGUCGGAGAGGACAGAGCCAUCCUGCUGGGCUUCACCAUGAUGGCCUUCUCCGUGCUCAUGUUCUUUGUGGUCGGCAUCACUAUGGUCAAACCCUUUGUUAACAGUGACUGGGAGAAGGAGGUCGGCUGUGUGCUGGUGCAGGUCGACAUCCUUGAAGACUGGGUGGACUGCAGAGGUGUGAGCACUGUGCCGUGCCUCAGUGUGACGGUUAACCUCACACGCUCCAAUCAAAGUGCUUCUUUACACUUUGACGAAGAAUCAGUCCUCCUCGCUCCUGAGUGUUUCUACGUACCCAAAUGUCGGAUGGACCGAGUGGAUAUUCAAGCUGAAGUCCAGAGAGUGAAGAACAACUUGACCGCCAGGCUGGGGAACACCUUGCCGUGCUUGAUCGACCGCGUGAGGCACCCCAGGCACGUCAUCUUAAGCAGGAAGUACACAUUGAAGAAGGCCCUGUUCGCACUGCUGUGGCCCAGCCUGAUGCUGGGCGGUGGAGCUCUGCUGGUGGGCCUGGUGAAGCUGACACAGUACUUAGAUCAUCUGUCCUCUAAGAUGUGCAGCAAGACUGCAGGGAGCCAGCUGAUGUCAAGAUAUACCCAGGGCACACUGUACAGACUCCUCCGGAGGUCCAGCACCCAGUCGCCCUCUUGACAUAUCCAGUGUUUAUGCUGCCAAUAACUGAAAUAACUGCCAAAUAUGGUUGGUUGUCUCAGAACUGGUGAAACAGGUCGCCCAGAGGAGAAAAUUUAAUUUCAUUCUUAUUCCUCCAAUUAAGAAUAAAUGGCAUGAAGAAACCUUCUUAAGUGUGAAGAAUUAGUCCCAAAUCCAAAAAAUUAUUCAAGAGGGCUCCAGACGUCUCUAAUCCAGUUAGAGGUGACCGGCAGAGACACACACACUGUCCAACAGAGAAGAGACACUGAUGACAGAUUUAGCAAAAGAAAAUGUUAACAUACAUUCUAUAAAUCAUAAGACAUAGGAAUGAAAAGCCAGUGUUACUGGAGUACACUGCUAAAUCUGUGGAGUAUGAUUGAAAAUCCCACAUGGACUACUUUUCCAUCCAUCCAUUUUCUGCUAGGUAUACAGGGUAUUCAAGAUGUUUUCCAGCUCCUCCUGGGGGAUCCCAAGGUGUGAUAUGUAAUCCAUCUCUCAUAGACUACUUCUUACAUCUUUGUACAAAGCUACAAUGUUGAAAGUUUUACUAAGAAUUUUUUUACUCUUAGGUCAAAGUUUAGGACAAUUCUAAAGACCAUUUCAUAGAUGUAUUAUACAUACUGAUCCCAUUUGCUUAGUAAAGUCUUGUGUAAAGUCUAAGGGAAGACUUAGGCACAAAUUUAAGGAUUGAUAACAUACUGAUUCAAGCCUUGACCCACUGCUAUUUUUUAUUAUGAAGCAAAACACUGCAAAAUUGCCGUGUAAAUAUCAGACAUGUUGAUAAAGUGUAAAACAACAUAAUGAAAUGAUCUGUUUAGAUAGAGAGAAAUGUUUUUAUUCAACAGUACAAUAAAUGAAUGCAUACAG